GCGCCCGGCCCACUCAGUCUCAGUCAGUCUGCCUCCGGAGUGUCUCCGCCGCGGUCCGCCCGUCCGCCGUCCCGUCCCGCCCCGUCCGCCCAGCACCGCGAGGGCCGCGUCGUCGACAUGGCCGCCGACCUCCUCUCCACCAAGAUGGAGUCCUCGAUGCACAUCACCACCAAGACCGUGGGCGACGACCGCAUACGGCGCGCCAAGGAGAACGACGAGGACAUCGCCGUCCUGUCCACGUUCUUGCCCGAGGCCCUGGACGACGCCAAGUCCACCCGGCACUUUGAGUGCGCGCUCGGGUACCGCUGCCUCCUGGGUGACCCUCGGAAGGCCCUGGCAGGCACCAAGAAGAUGGAGUACAAGACGAGGCAGUGGCACGAGAAAUGCUUCUGCUGCUGCGUCUGCAAGUCGGCCAUCGGCACCAAGAGCUUCAUCCCCCGCGAGCAGGAGAUCUACUGCGCCACCUGCUACGAGGAGAAGUUCGCCACUCGCUGCGUCAAGUGCAACAAGAUCAUCACUUCUGGUGGCGUGACGUACAAGAACGAGCCCUGGCACAGGGAGUGCUUCACGUGCACCAACUGCAACACUUCGCUGGCCGGCCAGCGCUUCACGUCCCGCGACGAGAAGCCCUACUGCGCCGACUGCUUCGGCGAGCUGUUCGCCAAGCGCUGCACGUCCUGCACCAAGCCGAUCACCGGCAUCGGUGGCACGCGCUUCAUCUCGUUCGAAGACCGCCACUGGCACAACGACUGCUUCAUCUGCGCGUCCUGCAAGACGUCGCUCGUCGGCCGGGGCUUCAUCACGGACGCCGACGACAUCAUCUGCCCCGAGUGCGCCAAGCAGAAGCUCAUGUGAGGCGCCCCGCCGCUCGCGACCCGCGCCGAGCCGAGCACGACACCGAUCGCUCGCGUGACCGACGACCUCAUAUCGAAAAGAAGGGUUUGAAACCUACGCCCCUCUCUUGUUUUGCUCUAAGCAGUAUACUUUUCCCCCGCGAGUUUGGGGAAGAAUCUGGGAGCACUAAUUGACCCGAAAUCUUUCUAAAUAACCUUUGCUUUUAGAUCAUUUUACGAAUGACCAUUUCUCGCACUAUACCCUGUAAUCCUUCUGUUCUAUGUUUGAUUGUUAACACUAACAUUUAGAAUACAUCAUUUGGGUGAGAUGGUGCGUUUAAUUUUUCAUUUUUCCAACGAAGUUUGGUACUAGGUACUUCACAGAAAUUGGAUUGAAUCUCUACAUAUAAACAUGAUAACAAUGUGAAUGAGUCACAUUAAUAUGAAACUAUUUAUUUGAAUUACUAGAAAAAAACUUGUAAAUAACUAUAAAAUUUAUUAUUUGGUAAUGUAUGUGAGGUCACAUACCUGCAAAUAGAAAAUUAUAUUCAACAGGAUUAGCUACACUCUUAUUAAUUCUGUGCAAUAUUUAUUUUUGAUGUGUAAAUAGAUGAUGAUGGCGAAGAAAUGACAUGAAUCCUGGAGUUGUUUGAAAUUAUUGAGAAUACUUGUUAUACGGGUUCAUGUUCAGAGAAAACUUUUGUGUGCUGUGUUUGUUAUGCCUAGAAAAGAAAUCCAAACAGUAUAUUUUUAAUGUACGUUACUGGAGUAAAACAGCACUCAACAAUUGCAAAGGCAAUCAUUGUGUGCGUACAUCUUUUCAUUGUUUUCUGGAAGAUUGCUACGGUUGUUGAGUUCUGCUGUCAUAUUUUCUGUAUAAUUUUACGUUUUGAUAUAAAAGAGUAAUCAUCCUUCUCUGUCACAUACUUUGAAAAUCCAAUGGCUGUGUCCUGUUGCAACAGUGGAACAUCUUGUUCCACUUUUGGAUUUUCCGAAUAAACACAUGACAGGAUCUAAUUAGACUAUUGCCCCUCCUCUAACUUAAAGGGAGUCUUAUAGUUCUUUAUUAAUUUGAAAAGCCUGUUAAUCUGCUGCCAUAGGUUUUACAAUUUGUAGUCAAAUUAUAGUAAAGGCAGUGUGCAUGAAUGGAAGACGAAAUCAUGUAGGGGAUGAUUGUGUAUUUUCAUAUACCACGUAAUUUGUUUUGAAUUUUGCUGUAUACAUAACUAAUGCAGUAUUUGAAGAAAAAACGACUUAAGCCUUGUCACAAACUGGAUCAUCCUCAUUGCUGGAGGAUGCAAAAGGUGUACAUUAAUAUUGCGGUUUGGGAAUGGAUCUUAAGAUCUGCUUGUAUUUGAAAUUUCCACCCCUUACGCUUCAAAGCUUUUAUUAUUCUUUCUACUUAACAAAUGUAUGGGCGCAUAACAAAGAGUCAGAAUUAAGAUAUUGUAAAAGGCGCAUGAUUCAGUGAGAGAUAGUUUUAUUUGUACAUUGCUUCAUAAUUCAUCCUAGUCACAUGCCAGUGUUGUGGGCAUAGGAAUGUUUUGUUUUACUUAUAUAGAGGAGAGAUUAUGAGCCGGUCCUCGAUAUCUGUGAUAAAAGUGUUUGCAAAAUUUCCGUACACGUAGGAAUGACACAUUUUCUACUUUAGACCAGUCCAUGAAUCGCAGGCCGGCUUAGCAGAGCCAUUCUUUUGGGUAAAUGACCGAUAGUGUCUCUGUUUUAAUUUUUGUAAGAAGAGAAUGAUGAAUGUAAUGUUGUUACAGGCAGAAAUAAUCGGUUUUCUUAAUUACCCAAAACAAUCUUAAAAUGUAAUUCAGUAUUCAGAUCUAACAUUUGUCAACUCUUUAAGUACUCUGUAAUUUUGAUAUGUAUUUUGCAGUACACUCUGUCAGAUUAUAAAACUUCUAAAUUUACAGGAUAAAAUAAACGGAAAAUUUCUACAA